GAAGGGGGGGAAGCCAGGCGGGCCCUGAAAAUAUUCGACCGGAUGCGGGAGGACGGGAUCCCCUGGGACGUGCCCACCUACAAUGUAGUCCUCAAGGCCUGCGCGGAGGGCCACCAGCCGGACAUGGCUUGGGUGCUCUUCCAACAGAUGCAAGCGGCGGGGCUGGUCGCCGAGGUAAGGACGUACACGACCGUGAUGAACGCGUGGGUGGAGGCCGGGGAGUGCCAGCGGGCCAUCCAGACUUUCCAAGAAAUGCGGGCAGCAGGGCUCCAGCCGGACGUGUACGCGUGGACAGUGGGGAUCAAGGCGUGUGGAGCCUGUGGUCUGGUGGAGACCGCCUUGGCCUACGUGGAAGAGACGUUGGCGCUCCAGCCCCGCUUGCCCUUGGACCCGAUCACCUUCAAUUUGGCCAUGCAAGUCUGCGAAGAGCACGGGGCGGAGACGAAAGCACUGGGACUCUUCCACCGGAUGCAGGCGGAGGCCGGUGUGGAGCCCAAUUGGAUCACCUACGGCAUCGUCCUCCGGAUCUUGACCAGGACGGGCCAAUGGCCCCAGGUCCAAGAACUCUUCAACACGAUCGAAGCCCGGCUGCCCUCCUCCUCCACCACGCCGGACACCCCGCCCUCCCUGCCGCCUCCUCUUCCGUCCUCCGUCCCGUCCUCUUCCUCGUCCUACUUGCCUUACCCGUCUUCAGACUCCUUCUUCUCAGAAGCCAUGCGCCGGAUCGUUGCGGCGGGCGCCUGGGAUCUCGCCGGUCG